CCUAAAGGCAACAGGCUCCACUCUGCCAUCUCUCCAAACCUUCUUUUCUCUUCCAAUGGCGGAUUUUUCUUUUCUCUCUGACACUGACGACUCGGCCGUGGAAGAGAUCAUCUCCCAAGCCAAUGAUCUCUUAAUUCUCGAACAAGUUGCUGCCAUCAACUGCUCUGCCUUCUCUGAUUCCGUUCUCCCCACUGAGCUAGAGACCCGCUUCAGCAAACUUAAAUCCUUCCCAUCCUCCAAAAAUUCCGGUUUGAGGACUGAGCUGAGGACCCGCUCGGCCAAGGGUGGAACUGGGUCGGAGUGUGAUGAUGAAGCCGCAGUUUUCCCGCCUUCCAAACAGAACCCAUGUGGCAGACUGAAGGGAGGUUUCGGGUUUUCGCCUGGGGAAGGGGACCCAGAUGGGAAAAGUGUGGUUUUCUCGCCUUCCAAACAAAAUGGGGGAGCCGACGAAAAUGCCAUGUUCUCGCCUGGGAAGGAAAACCCAGAGGGGAACUUUUCUGGGUCGAAGAGAAAUGUGAUUUUUUCGCCUUCCAAACAAUACCCAGAUGAGAAUUUCACAGGGUCAAAGAAAAAUAUGAUGUUCUCGCCAUCCAAACAGACUCCAAAUUCAGGCGCUCUCUCUUCCCCCUCUUCUGAUUCCUCCGACUUCUCUAUGGAUUCUCGACCGCCCCCUCAGAAAACUGGUUGCUUCUUGUGCUCCCUUAAAAGCCCUUCCAAGAAGAAGAGCAAGAAAAAUCAGAGCUGGAGCAAAAAGGAUGAACUUGUAUCAGAUUUGAGCAUUUUCUCAGAGAAAUCACAGAGGAAAAUUCUGAAGAAGGCCAUGAAAGAGGAAGAGAAAAUCAACAGAGAAGCUGAGAAAAUUGUGAAGUGGGCCAAGCAGGCUUCAGCAAGAAUGAAUAUUUCAGACAUUGAAGAUGGGCUUGAGUGAUGAUGACAAGUUCAAAUGAGCUCUCUGAGUCAGCUCAUUGAUGCAUUAAUAAGUAAAUUAAUUUUUUUUUGGGUAUAAAAAUUAUGGUAUACAAUUUGGUUCAUAUCGAAAGAGGAUUGGAAAAUUUUAUGUUUUGGAUGCUUUGUAAAAGAGUUUUCAUUUGUAUCUCAUAUUAAAAGGCUUUUUCUUUUUUC